AACAGGGUUUUCAGCCGUUUUUCCGGUGACAGCAGGGGAAUGACAACAUCGACAGUCACGGCCCUUCUUCCAUCCAGGCUAAGUGCAGAACAUCGACAAAAAGAAGGUGUCUCUACCUUUGGACCUCGGGGUCUGUGUUUUGGGAAUUUAUUCUUUAUGUGCCACUGGGGGCAGAAGCAGCAUGGCAGAUGACAAGGACGUGUUGAGAGACGUUUGGUUCGGCCGGAUCCCCACCUGCUUCACUUUGAACCAGGAUGAGGUUACGGAGAGAGAGGCCGAGCCCUACUAUCUGCUGUUACCCAGGGUGAGCUACCUGACUCUGGUUACAGACAAGGUGAAAAAACACUUUCUCAAAGUGAUGAAGGCCGAGGACGUGGAGGAGAUGUGGUUUGAGUAUGAAGGAACACCACUGAAAUGGCACUAUCCAAUCGGAGUUCUUUUUGACCUUCAUGCCUCCAACACUGUCUUACCCUGGAGCAUCACUGUGCACUUUAAGAAUUUUCCAGAUCGUGACCUGCUCCACUGCCCGUCCAACUCUGUGAUCGAGGCUCACUUCAUGUCCAGCAUCAAGGAGGCCGACGCCCUCAAGCACAAGAGCCAAGUAGUUAACGACAUGCAGAAGAAAGACCACAAACAGCUGUGGAUGGGCCUGCAGAAUGAUAAGUUUGACCAGUUCUGGGCCAUGAACAGGAAGCUGAUGGAGUACCCCACUGAGGAGGGAGGCUUCAGAUACAUCCCCUUCAGGAUAUACCAGGCAAUGAGCGACAGGCCGUUCAUCCAGAAGCUGUUUCGCCCUAUUUCACCUGAAGGCAACGCACACACACUUGGCAACCUGCUGAAAGAAAUGUACCCAACUGCUAUACCAAAUGAUGGUGAGCCAAAGCGUUACCAGGUGGUGAUCCACGGUAUCGAGCCGCUCCUGGAGACUCCUCUGCAGUGGCUCAGCGAACACCUCAGCCACCCCGACAACUUCCUCCAUAUCUGCGUCAUCCCCACCCCCACCGACUGAGGUCACAGCCACCCCACCAUCCUUGUCACCGUGACAGCCGACUGACCAGCCAGCUGGAUAACCCAGGAAACAGUUGGGCUUAACGGUGGAAACUCUGAACUAACAGACUCUUUAAUGAGAGGGAGAUCGGAAUCUUGUCCAUAAAGAUGGAAAAAUGGGAUGUGAAGGAGGUAUUUCACGAACCUCCUUUUCCAUCUUGUUUAUUUCUACUCCUACUACCACUACUACUCCUCUCCGAAAACUUGUUUUUUAGGACACAAGGAUGAAAGCAUCUUCUCUUCUUCCUCUGCUCCCAAAAGAGGAAGAAGAUUUCUUCUGGUAAAGAGAUGGCUGACUGAGCAGAGGACAUCUAAUUUUCUACUCUGCUGUCUUGCAUCUUCACCUCCUUCUCCUCCUCUAGUUAGCAACAGGAAGAGAGGAGGUGAACCGAUCCCUUGUUUUCUCCAUCUUGGUGUACACCUUUCAGACUGUCCUGUGGACAGGGAGACAAGUUUGUUUGGGGAUUGGGGAGCUGGUGUAUCCUGUCCUGCUGAAGCUGCCUUAGUUACUACGGUUAUGCAUUUUUAUCAUUAACAUUCUCAUCGUCUCUGUCACUCUUGAGUUUAUAUCAGAGUCUGGAAUUAUGUUCAGCUCCAUGAAUUUCUGGUGAUUUUUAGGCAUUUUACAGAGGAUUUCCUCUCGGGUAGAUUGCCUGGAUUAACAGUUUUAUUGUCGUCGUUUUGCUUCAUUUGACAAAGUGAGCUUGAAUAAGAAAAGGAGAAGCUAUUUUUGAGCUCUGAGGGCAGUGACUGACACAUUUCAUUUCACUCCAGUGAUCCCAGCACACACAGGAGCUGUUUGUGUCCGAGCAGACAAAUCUACAUGUCUACAUGCCAUCAUUUGUCAUGUUGAAUUAGCAUUAAAUUGCAGCUUUAACUGACUAACAGUGUAACUUCUUCAUUUUUCAUCUACAUCUUUAAGAGAAAUUCCUGUUUCAUACAACUUCUUUUAAUUUUUUCGUUUAAAUAUUACAUGGUCCUCAGUAGGUGAUGGGAUUUUGCAACAAUCAAAACCAAGUGGAUAAACUAAAAAUGACACGGUGUUUACACUGAAAACAAGGCUGCACUUUUCUGUUCUUAAGUUGAUUUAUUGUCUCUGCAGAAGACAAAUGGAGAUAAGAGAUUUUCACAGGGUAACUAGGUAUUUAUGAAGCAAAGCAUUUUGUGCAGGGUUCAUGGUCACACAUGUUUUCAAUAGCAGGUGUUGAUUUCUCUCCAUCAGUACAACACCAUGUAGCUGCUUUACUGUCUGUUUUUGUCAGAUUUGGCUCGAGCAUCUUUGUCUGCUGCCAAACUUAAAUGAGCAUCUGGUUUUGUUUCAUUUUAAGAACUCAGUUUAGAUAACGAGACGUCAGGAGCAUUUAGCAUUAAGUCUUUUGACAGAGCACUAACUUUGGUUGAGGGCUGCCUAGAUCAGAUUACUUGGCUGGACCACAACUAAUCACAUUUUUAAAGAAAGGUUUGCAUCUUGUCUUUUUUUGGUUCCAUUUUUCACAUCUGUUCAUACUGAAAUGAAAUUACACUUAAAGCAUUCAGCUGUCAUCCAGAGUGACUUAAAAUAAAAGUGAGCUGAUUGAAAUA